AUGGCUACCCCUAAUGUCCUCGCUUUUGACGCUGAGGGUCGGGCUAUUGACUUUGACGUCUGGAUAGAUGACCUGCAUCUUUUCCUACAGUGCGAUAGGGCAGACGGUCUCUCCCUCUUUGACCUCACCUCUGGCGCCUCUCCUGCCCCUGCUGCUGAUGCUGACGCCACUGUUCGCUCCCAGUGGGCCACACGCGAUGCUGCUGCACGUCUUGCUGUGCGUCGCCACCUCCCUACCUCUGAGUGUGCGCACUUUAGCCAGUACAAGAGUGCUCAGACCUUGUACGACGCUGUAGUUGCACGCUACUCCUCCCCUGCCACUGCUGCACUGAGCCGCCUCAUGCUACCGUACCUCUUCCCUGACCUUGCUGCCUUCCCCACAGUCGCUGACCUCAUUACGCACCUCCGCACUAGUGACACUCGCUACCGCGCUGGGCUUCCUGCUGAGUUCUGCGCCAAGAACCCCCCCCCCCCCAUGUACAUCACCCUCUACUACAUAGUCACCCGGCUCCUUGACUCUCUCCGUGUAGUCAGGGACCACUUCCUCUCAGUUUGCCCCACCACUCUCACUGUUGACCUCCUCGAGAAGGCCCUCCUAGCAGCAGAGAAGAGCAUAGUCGCUGUAGGAGCCUCUCGUGGUGACCCUCGCACCCCCGUCUUUGAGGGGUGUUCCCCCUCCCCCCUCCUGCCCUCUGUUGCCUCUGCUGCUGCGGCCGACCGCGUUGGUUUCGAGUCGGUCGGCGCUGCGUCUGCCCCGAGUGGGAGACCCCGCACCGGCAAGGGCAAGGGGGGCAAGGGCGCUGGAGGGGCUGGCGGGGGUGGCGGAGGUGGCGGUGGAGGCAAUGGAGGGGGUGGGGGUGGUGGUGGGAGUGGUGGUGGGGGUGGAGGCCAGCGGGGUGGGGGUACUGGUCCGUGCACCUACGUCCUACGCACCGUCGACCGCGCGGGUGAGCAGUGCGGGGGUGCGCACUCCACCCAGCGCUGCUUUGGCUGCCUGACGGACGCUUGGCGUCACCAGUUCCCUGAGGCCACUGAGAUCCCUCGCUGA